GGCAUGAAUGAGCCGGCUCGACCGGAGCAAUACCACUGCUUUACAGAAAAUCGACGUAAAUCAACGCUUACGUUGUGUUUCGUCGUGUGAGUGAGGUUACCGGAACACUUAUUAUCUCCCCAAUCCCCGAAUCUUCCACAAUCCUCAAAUCCCGAAUUCCCAAAAGGCUGGUAACGCACUUGUAACGCCCCUUGUGUUUCAGGUGUCCAUGGGCGGCGCCGAUUGCUUACCAUCAGGUGAUCCGUCUGCUCGUUUACCACAUUACGAGUAAUUACGACAUAAAAAAUAAUAAUUUAAAUAUCGAACUGAAACAA